AUGGUUUUAUGUCGCUUAAAAGUUGGUUUGCUGGAAGAGGAUUUAGCUGCCAGAUUUGGUGUAGCCCAGAGCACUGUCUCUUCAAUUAUAAACACCUGGAUUAAGUUUAUCUUUUACAGGUUCAGAGAGCUUGAUGUGUUUCCCCCACGAGAGAUUGUUCAAUUACACAUGCCGGAAUGCUUUAAAAAAAAAUAUCCAAGCACAACUCUGAUAAUAGAUGCUACAGAAAUCUUCAUUGAAAAACCAAACAACCCAGAAGCCCAACAGCUAACUUUUUCUUCCUAUAAAAAUGCCAACACUCUAAAAGCUUUAGUUGGCAUUGUGCCAAAAGGGGGGAUAUCCUUUGUCUCAACACUGUUUGGUGGCAGCAUUUCAGAUAAGGAACUCACUGAAAAGUCAGGACUCAUUGAUAAACUACAAAGAAAUGAUGUCAUUAUGGCAGACCGUGGUUUCAACAUUAGUAAUUUACUAGCUGAGAAAGGAGUCAAAGUCAAUAUCCCACCGUUCAUGAAUGUAUCGGGCCAAUUUGAAGAAAGUGAACUUCUUGAAACCAGGCGAAUCGCCACAUUAAGAAUUCAUGUUGAGAGAGCUAUGGAGAGGAUCAAGAAUUUUCACAUUUUGGACUUUAUUCCCAUUACUUUAUGUCGAAAUGGCAUAAUUGACAUGAUCUUUUUUGUUUGUGCCAUGCUAUCAAAUUUUCAAAAGCCUUUAGUCAAUGGUUAA